ACCAUGUCUCUGUUUGACUGUUUGCACAUACAAUAUAGUAUAUACUAUAUCUCUCCCCCUAUAUAUAUUAUAGAUUAUUAAAUACAUACUAUGGUAUACAGGUCAUUAACAAUACGUAUGUAACCAGCCGCCUAACAGCAACAGGUACCUAUCCCUCAUAUUUUCUUGUACUCUUUCAACAAUUUCACCGAAACUUCAGACUACACUAUCAUUAUCUUUCUUCUCAUCUCUUGAUUUCCUGCUAUAUAAACCCCCAUCACUCCGACCAGACAACUACUAAGAAAAAAAGGAAAAUCAUUCUAACCUGAAACAUUAAAAAAAAAAAAAAAAAAGGCUUAUUUGUGAAAUGGAGUUCACCUCAAGCCAGUUGAAGAAUGAGAUGAAGCUUUCCACGAUCGCUACCAGCGAUGGACAUGCGGAGAACUCCGCCUACUUUGAUGGCUGGAAGGCCUUCGAGAAUGAUCCUUUUCACCUAACACAAAAUCCCCAGGGUGUCAUUCAAAUGGGUUUAGCAGAAAACCAGCUUUGUUUUGAUUUGAUCCAAGAUUGGAUAUUGAGCAACCCAAAAGCCUCCAUCUGUACACCUGAAGGGGCUGAGGAUUUUAAGGACAUUGCUAUCUUUCAAGACUAUCAUGGCCUCCCAGAAUUCAGAAAAGCAGUGGCAAGAUUCAUGGAGAAAGUGAGGGGAGACAGAGUGACAUUCAAUCCAGACCGGAUAGUUAUGAGCGGAGGAGCAACUGGAGCUCACGAAACGCUGGCGUUUUGCUUGGCUGAUCGUGGGGAUGCAUUUCUUGUCCCAACCCCAUAUUAUCCAGGAUUUGACAGAGAUUUGAAGUGGAGAACAGGGGCGCAGCUGUUCCCUGUUAUCUGCGAGAGUUCAAAUGAUUUCAAGGUGACCAGGGGGGCCCUGGAAAUAGCAUAUGAAAAAGCUCAAGAACAGAACAUCAGAGUCAGAGGAUUGCUGAUUAAUAACCCAUCCAACCCGCUAGGCACGGUGUUGGACCGGGAAACCUUAAGAGAUGUGGUGUGUUUCAUCGCCGACAAGAACAUCCACCUCAUCUGCGACGAAAUCUACGCCGCCACGGUGUUCAAUCGCCCGGAAUUCAUCAGCAUUGCCGAGAUUAUCCAGGAAUUCCCGGUCAAUCUGGACCUGAUUCAUAUUGUGUAUAGCCUCUCCAAGGAUCUAGGGUUCCCGGGUUUCCGAGUCGGAAUCCUCUACUCCUAUAACGACAAAGUGGUGAGCUGUGCCCGGAAGAUGUCGAGCUUCGGGCUGGUUUCCACUCAGACGCAGCACCUGGUCGCGUCCAUGCUGUCGGACGAGGUUUUCGUGGAGAAAUUCGUGCGGGAGAGCUCGGAGAGGCUCCGCGCCCGACACGCCGCGUUUACGCGGGGGCUCGCGCAGGUCGGCAUAAGCACGUUGUCCAGCAACGCGGGGCUGUUCGCGUGGAUGGAUUUGAGGCGGCUUCUCAAGGAGCCGAGCUUCGAGGCCGAGCUGGAGCUCUGGCGCAUCGUAAUCAAUGAGGUGAAGCUCAACGUGUCCAACGGCGGCUCGUUCCAUUGCUCCGAGCCGGGGUGGUUCCGGGUCUGCUUCGCCAACAUGGACGACGCCACCAUGCGGGUGGCGCUGCGGCGGAUCAGAGCCUUCGUGCUUAAGAAAAAGGGCGUGGAGGCGGCGGCGGCGGCUAAGAAGAAGCUUUGCAGGGGGAGAUCGCUUCAGAUCAGUUUAUCGUUCAAAAAAUUGGACGAUUUUAUCUCGUCUCCUCACUCCCCUGUGUCUUCGCCAAUGUUUCAAGCCGCAAAUUAGAUCGUUGGCCAUGCAUUAGUACGUGCAACGUGUUAAAUAAAAGAGGAUAACAAAAAAAACAAAAUCCUCAGAUUUUAGGAUUUAUAAGGUUUUUUUUUUUCAUAGUGAUAUGAAAAUUGCAGUAAAUUUGAUUUGUGUAAUGGCCAUCUUACCUGCAAGCUUGGGUAAUGGCCAUUUGUUGAAUUGUUGGUGUGAUUGUUUAAAGAAAUAAUCCACGUGAUAAUAUAAAGUUUUAAUUUGUUCUUGAUUAUAUAUAUGUAUAAAUAAACUAUUAUUAAAGUGGCUA